UUUGUGUCAUCUAUUUGGUUUGGUCUUAUUCAAUGGCAGUUCGAAAUUCAAAAUUAACAAAAAGACAAAUACCUUCCACAACAAAAAAAUUUUAAAAAAUUAACAAAAGGAGAAGCAAAAACAUUGGGAAUCGGUUCAUUCCGGUUUCAUCCAUCAACCAACGAAACCCACUAAAUAAAAAGGAGAAACAGCCGCCCCUUAAAAAAAGCGAAAUGAGUAAUAUUGUCCACAAAUUUUGUAGGCAAUUCAACGAGUUUUUCUUUGUCCAUUAUCCUUAUAUUGCCAUAUAUAGCAGCAUAGCAGCUGUGUUGACUGCCUAUUUGCAUUACCAGUGGAAAAUGAAUCAUUCGGAUCUAAUAUAUUGGAAGGAAGUUGCCGAGACCCUAUCCCAGGACAUUGACUCAUUUCAGUUGGUACUCCUGCUGACCAUAUUCAUGAUCAAUGGCAUCUUUGUCUGCAUUAUCCACAAUGUCUAUUUGCGUCCCACAUUCGAGGAUAGCGGGGAAUUGUCGCUUCUGAAGAUCAAGGAUCGUUAUGCACGAUUCAUACUAUUGCGUUUGAUUGCCCGCCUGGAUCGCAUUCAAGGGAAAUUGUGUGCCAAGCGCAAAAGUUUGACAUUAAAUCAUUAUGGACGAGCGCACACGAAUAUGGUGAAGGCAGUGGCCAUGUUUCGGAAGGAUGCCAGGAAACUGAUAUUGCCCAAUGAAUCGGAGAUUAUGCUGCCCAUUGAGGAUAUCUACGGUGUGGCCGAGGAUGAAGAGCGACUAUUGAAGCGAGCUGGUUAUUAUAAACUCAUUAUUGAUACCACAGAUGAGGCAGUCAAGGGCCUGUUCAAUGCCAAAUGAAAUGACUCGAACUUGAUUUUAAACUCGGCCAUAUCUCUUUCUCACUCACGCUCUGUAACCCUGUCUCCAUUUUAAUCCUUUGUUAUACUCUUUCAUUCGGUCGUUCUCGGCCUCACUCUCUGCUCUAUGCCUUCAAUUCGACUUAAAGCUUGAGUAAAAUAUGCAAGACCUGCUGCCGACUGUCUCUGUAA